AUGGGAGAUUGGCUUACUACAAUCUAUGGGCUAAACCAGGUGCAGGGGAGGAGACAAUUGUGGAAUGAUAUAGAAGGAUUGCAGAGAGGGAGCCCUGGGUCUUGGUGCCUUAUUGGAGAUUAUAACAAUGUUAGGAUUACUAAGGAUAGGAUUGGUGGCAGUACUGUGCAGGAAAAGGAGUAUAUUGAUAUGACCAAUAUGAUGAAUAAGGUGGGAUUGUUUGAGAUGGAUAAUCAAGGGGAUUAUUACACUUGGUCUAAUAAACACAGUAAUGGAGUGAUAUACUCAAGGUUCGAUCGGGUGUUGGGAAAUGUGGAUUGGUUCAUGCAUCAAAAGGACAUUAUCUUGGUUAAUAUGGAGGCAGGGAUUUCUGAUCAUAGUCUUCUUUGUUUAAAGCAAAGUAUCAACAGUAAACCAAAAAGAUCUUACUUCAAAUUUACGAAUGCAGUGACUGAUAUUGAAGGGUUUAAGGAGGAUGUUGCUACAAGCUGGAAUGAACCUAUAGAUGGAGGAGCCAUGUUCUGCCUUUGGAAAAAAUUGUUGAGAUUACAACCUAUACUGAGGAAGAGAAGUAAACCUCUGGCUGCUAUUAAAGAUAACAUAAAUAGAGCUAGAGAAGAGCUUGAUGCGGCACAAAAAGAUUUAAUCAGUGAGAGAGGGAAUUGCCAAAUCAUAGAGAAAGUAAAAAGAUGCACUGAAGAGGUUCUGAAAUGGAAUGAACCGGAUGAGCAGCUUUUAAGACAAAAGGCCAAAAUAGAUUGGAUCAAGAAAGGGGAUGGUAACAACUCAUUUUUUUAUGCAUCUAUUAAAACCAAGAAUAUGAAGAAGGACAUUUCUAUGUUAUACAAGUCUGAUGAUACUCUCAUUAAUGAUCAACAAGACAUAGAGUAG